AUGGCUGCCAACUAUGAGAACUCCGCUCAGCCUGUUAAUGGCGUCAGUUAUCACAGCACAGAGCCCCAGGUUCCUGACACCACCUUCGGACCCAUGGUUCACACCUACAAGCCACGUUUUGACCAUAUCGGCUUGGGAACGUUCCCCAUGGUCCCAGGACUUGCCGCUCAGUCUGGUUUCACCCACUUUGGGACUUGGCAGACACGAGAAGAUCAGAAGCUAACGAUGACACAGGGCAACCCAAUGGCAAUGCAAGCUCCCAUCAGUCUUCCACCGACCGGCGCUCCUCUGUUCAUGCAACCCGCUGUUCACCCGCCAAUGCUUCUGUCUGCCGCCAAUGGCAUGUCCUUCUCGCAACCAGCCAUGGCUAUGGGCGCCGGUGUAGCUUGCAUGCCCGCCACUCCUGGAGCCUUGUUGCCCGCGGCUUCGCCCGGCAUGUUUGUUCAAGGUAAUGGCGGCGUCCACCCUGAGCCGGCAUGCGGCAUUGGCCGAACAGGCGCAGAGUAUACCGCUGAGCAAAUGGACAUGGCUUAUGCAAACAAGUCCUUCGAACCACAGGAUUUCAAGCCGGCUGAUGACACGCCUUCGCGCAUGUACAUGUGCCGCGAGCUUGAUGGAGUCUGGACCAUGCGCAGCCGCUUUUCGAUUGAUCGCAUGGCCAAGGAGUGGAGAUGGCAUAUGGCCCCUGAGGGCUAUUUCUACGCUGUCCGUCUCCCGAACUGA